AUGGAGAAACGUCUAUCUGACCUUGCGACACCUUCAGCAGGUGCCAGAGAUUACAGCAUUCCGACCCUUUCUGUUGAAAACGUGUCCACGAAUAGCACUUUGGAACCGUCAAUUAAUGGCAGCGGAGGGGCCAUACUCAUCCCUGCCAUAUAUUUCACCGUGUGUGCCAUCGGACUCAGCGGCAACACACUGGUCAUCCACGUCAUCCUCUGUUACGCCAAGAUGGAAUCCGUCACCAAUCUGUACAUCCUGAACCUCGCCAUAGCAGAUGAACUUUUCAUGGUUGGUCUGCCCUUCCUCGCCAUUCAGAAUGCCUUGUCCUACUGGCCAUUUGGCUCGCUCGUGUGCCGGUUGGUGAUGACGGUGGAUGGCAUCAACCAGUUCACCAGUAUCUUCUGUCUGACCGUCAUGAGCAUCGACAGGUACUUGGCAGUGGUCCACCCUGUGAAGUCCAUCAAAUGGCGCAAGCCCCAUGUGGCCAAAGUCAUCAACGCCAUGGUCUGGGCCGUCUCCUUCGUGGUGGUCCUCCCUGUCGUCAUCUUCUCAGACGUGAAGACAGGCAUGCACACUUGCAACAUCAACUGGCCGGAGCCCAUUAUCGUCUGGUCUACUGCCUUCAUCAUUUACACGGCCACCUUGGGCUUCUUCGGUCCUCUGCUGGUCAUCUGUCUCUGCUACCUUCUCAUCGUCAUCAAGUUGCGGUCCUCGGGCAAGAAGGUGAAGGCCACCUCCACUAAGAGGAAGAAAUCUGAGCGCCGGGUGACCUGGAUGGUGGUCAUCGUGGUGGCGGUGUUCGUCUUCUGCUGGCUACCGUUCUACGUGAUGAACAUCGUCAACCUGGUGUCCAGCAUGCCCUCAGAGCCUGCCUUGGUGGGCCUCUACUUCUUCGUGGUGGUGCUUUCUUAUGCCAACAGCUGCGCCAACCCCAUCAUCUACGGUUUCCUGUCGGACAACUUCAAGCAAGGCUUCCGCAAGAUCCUGUGCCGCUCCAGCCGCAGGGUAGACGUCAACAAUCCGGGCAGCAGGGGGACGGACAGCACCUACAUGGAGAUGCAGCAUAUCAACAACAUCGCCCAGAAUGCCCCGGCCUGGGAAAACCUGCUGGGCGAGAGCUCAGAGCAGAAAGUGCCCAACGAGGUCUUACCCAACGCAACCAAAAACGGGACUCUGGAGAUCAGCGACUUGUAA